AUUUCUCGGCCUAAUAUUCAUUUGUAGAGGUUUUUCCCAACCCAGGAGUAGUGACUAAACAGGCACAUUCUUCGAUACAACAAGGACGCAAGAUGGCCGAGCAUGUAGAGGCCAGCAGCACGAGCCCGGCCGCCGAGCCGGCGCCGCAGGUCGGCGCGAUCCAGAUCGUGCGCAUUGACGACGGGGGCACCAAGUUUGAGCUCAACGACGAAGCGAUCGAAUCCAUCCUUGGCAAGGUUCCCAAAGACAUGAAGGUUGCAAUCAUCUCGGUCGUCGGCGCCUUCCGUACGGGCAAGUCGUUCGUCUUGGAUCUCUUCUUGCGCUACUUGAAGUACACGUCGACGCACGAGUCGCCGGACGUCACGACGCGCGAGUGGGCCAUGGCGCACGGCGCGCAGCUCGAGGGCAACUCGAACUUUGAGCAGACGCACGGCGAGACGGGCUUUUCGUGGCGCGCAGGCCGGAAGCGCAACACGACCGGCAUUUGGAUGUGGGGCGAGCCGUUCAUCCGCAAGAGCAAGGACGGCGAAGACAUCGCCGUCUUCCUCAUCGACACGCAGGGCAUGUUUGAUUCCGAGACGUCGCAGAUGCUCACCGCGAGCAUCUUUGGUCUCAGCACGCUGCUGAGUUCGUACCAGAUUUACAACGUCGACAAGCGCGUCCAGGAAGACAACCUCCAGCAUCUGGCGCUCUUCACCGAAUAUGGCCGCAUGGCGCUCCAGGGCUCGAUCGACCAGAACGACAACGCCGAGAUGAAGGCCGCGUCGCUGCGCAGCAUUCAGUCGUUUGCCAAGGCGGUCUCGGACAAGAACCUUGCCAAGCAGGCGUCCAGCGACGCGAAUGACGUGGUCGACGCGACGGACGUCGAAGAUUCCAAGUCGGAUGACGACGACGAUGGCGAAGGCGCCCACGACGGGCAGAUGCGUCCAUUCCAGCACCUCGAUUUCCUCGUGCGGGAUUGGCAGGACUUCAAGCGCACGGCGACCCUCGACGAGAAGAAGGCCGACAUGAAGGCGUACACGCAGGAGAUCCUCGCGGCGCGCAAGCAGCAGGACCUCGCCGACACGCGCGAGCAGAUUUUUGCGUGCUUCCAGUCGAUCUCGUGCAUUCUGCUGUCGCACCCGGGCGAGGCCGUCACGGACCGCGACUAUGACGGGUCGAUUGACGAGAUUGACAGCCGCUUCAUGCAGCUCCUGACGUCAUACCUCAACCACCUCUUUGGCCCGUCGUCGCUCCAGCCCAAGAAGAUCCACGGCGUCGACGUCUCGUCGCAGGAGCUGCUCACCUUUAUCAAGUCGUACGCAGCGCUCUUCAAGGAGGCAACGAUCUUCCCGGAGGCCAAGACACUCCUUGAAGCGACCGCGGAAGCCAACAAUGUCAACAUGAAGGAGAAGGCUUUGCACAAGUACAAGCUUGAGAUGGCCAAGGUCGUCGGCCCCAAGUGCAACUACGUCAAGCCCAUGUACCUCACCGAGCACCACCGGUUGUGUACGCUCGGCGCCAUGACCAUCUUUGACAUGGGCGCCAAGAUGGGGCGGCAGUCGGCCAUUUUGAAGUUCCGCGGCCAACUCGCGCUCGAGAUUGAGAAGGAGCACGCGCGGUACGUCGAAGUCAACGACGAGCGCGACCCGUACAAGAACAUUGAGUUUUACAUUGUGCCGGCGACGAUGGCGCUCGUGCUCUUUGUGUUCCGCGUGACCCAAGACCUUUUCUGCUACGAGUCGGUUGGCUACGACAUUCCGAUCUACGACUGCAAGCAUGUGAGCGUGACGCUCUCGCACCUCUACUGGGCGAUCAUUACGUUCAUGCUCAUUGUGACGUUUGCGACCGGCAGCGUCAUGUACGACCGACUCAAGGCCGUCUACUCGAUCGCCAAGACGGCGUUCCUUGCCCAGGACGCCAAGCAAAAGACCGACUAAACCCCCUUGCAACGUUGCUAUUUUCAUGUCUUUUUGUAUCAA